AUGUUUUUAAAAGCAAGAUUUGUUGAUUGCCAAUUUGAUGAAUCAAUUUUCCCUUCGUUAGGGGGAAAUAAGCCAAAACUUGAGGAACGCCGUGAAAUUUCAUGGAAUACACCAUCAUUAGCCCACUUUGAUCCUCGUACAAAAAAAUGUGAACUUGAGGUUCAAAGAAUCAUACAUUUGCAAAAUAUUGCAAACCAAAUGCCUGAUGCAUUUACUGAUACAGGUAAGGUAACAAAAUCACAUAUACCUGCUGCAAAUACUCCUGCUAGAGUAAGUAUCCCAGAUAGACAUCAUGAUAAUCAGUCCACGAUACGCUUAAAGCGUGGAAGACCUCUUGGUGCAAAGGAUUUAGUUCCGCGGAAAAAGAGAUCAGUAGUUGGCAUUCCGGAAAAAGCCAUUCUCUCUGAAACAUUGAUUGAUCAAUCAAGUAAUGAUACACAAGUUGCUCCUGAAGAGGCACAUGUACCUCAAAACAAUGAGAUCUCUAUAAACUAUAUGUUGGUACAAGACAAAACUGGGAUAGGAAUACAAUUAUUCCUGAUAGUAAAUUUGCUUUUACAGUUGCUUUGA